AUGGAAGAAUUCAGCAAUGGUGAUUCUGAAGUGAACGACUCGACAAUAACCAAUUCGUCUGUCGACAAUGCACCAAAUGAUACCAAUGUUGAUAAUGUUCAGCCUGCUGUAAAAGCAGAGGAAGAGCUUCCAACGACAGCAGAGAGUGAAGCUAUGACCUCAGAGGCUCCUAAGGCCAACAUUGAACCUAGAGAGAUUUUGCUUUCUCAUGCUGUCAAAUUUCUUUCUGACUCGUCAAUUCUCGAGGCUGACGAUGAAAAGAAAAUUCAAUUUUUGUUGGGAAAAGGGCUGACAAGAAAAGAAAUCGACAUUGCAAAAGAAAGAGCUACACGAAUGCUUCCUACGCCCAUACCCCCAGCAGUUCCUCCUCGUACAUAUGCCCAGCCAAUGCCCGUGUCGAGGACGCCUUUGUGGAAACAACUUGCUUUCGUUUUACUUAUAACCGGUACUUUUAGUGCUUUCAUGAUUGCAGUGAUCAAGAAAUUUCUUGGUCCAAUGGUUACUUCGAUCAUUUUUGCCAAGCAACAACUCUAUUCUCAUCAACUUUCCCUCUUUAGAAAAUUUAACGAAGCGCUUUUAUCAUUCGUAUCUCUGCUAAGAACACCUCGUGUGCCGCCACAUGAUGACUCGGAUAGCGAUGAAGAAUUACCAACUCCAACUGACCAAGAUGAAAUAUCAACACCACCCUCUUUGCUUGCUCCACUUUCAACUGACUUAACAACAUUGUCAGAAAGAUUGAAUACGUAUCAACAAAAUCUAGAAAAAAAUAAUGACUUAUCAGAUUUAAAACUUUCAGUUAAUACACUAACAGCAUAUCUCACGGAAAAUACAUAUCCAUAUAAAAAUUGGACUAACAGUGAACGUGGAGAUUCAGCAGUAGCAAAAAUCAAAGAAGAAAUUAGAGGAUUAAAAGGAUUAUUAAUCAAUCGCAGAAAUUUUCCAAAAAUCCCUGCAACACCAACUACUUAUUCAUCAACAUCUAAACCACCAACAGAACCACAAAUACAGGAAAUUGAAUGA